CUGUGAGCCUUACAGAACAUCAAGAUUCUGUCAAAGAGGCUGCCACACAGCAGACAACAUACACCAUGGGGUUCCUUUCAGUCUCUACCCACAGAGGACUUGUCCACUGGCAAGGGCUCCUACUGGUUGUGUCACUCUUAACCUUCUGGAGCCCACCUACCACAGCCACAAUCGAAGUUUUGUCAACCUUUGCUACCGAAGGGGAGGAUGUGGUUCUGCGUAUCCGCAAUAAGCCUCCUGGGGUUGUAGGAAUUGUGUGGUACAAUGGGAAAGGCGUGGACCAUAAUAAUACAAUUGCUUUUUGUGUUAUGACACCACGUUUCCAUUUAUGUGGUCCUGAAUCCAAUGGAGAACAGAUGAUAACCGAUGAUGGAUCCUUGCUAUUGAAAAAUGUCACCAAGAAGGACGAAGGAAUGUACACAGUAGUGGCUCACUUUCCAGAUUCAAAAUUUGAAACAGCAUCGGGGAAACUUGAUGUAUAUGAGGGAGAAAAAUGGAGAGAGCUAAGAGAACUUUUUAAAAAAAUAAGGAGAUGUAAAGAAGGAGGGCCGGAUGAUUGCCCUCCAUAAGUGCCCUGAAUGGAGACUGAGCCUGCAACCUAGGAAUCUGAAGCUCAGGAGAAAAAUGAAGUUGUUGCAGAACCACAGAAACCUCACCAUAGACCCCAUCAGGAAAGAGGAUGCUGGGGAUGACCAGUGUGAAGCCUCUGACCCAUCAGUUCUGUUGAAAGUGUUCCCCCUUGAGAUGGAUGUGAAAUAUGAGUGAGCCUGAUCUCCUCUUCUAUGUUAUUAAACUCUGAACAAUUUCGCACCUUGUUAAUAGAUUUAGUGUCAAGGUAGAUUGUCCUUAGAUGUCUUGCAUUGAGUAAAUAAAUACAAAAAAAAAUGUGUGCUGA